GGUAAUAUAUAUGCCCUAGAUCUUCCAUUCCGUAUGGACGAUAGAAAGAAUUUACAAACAUUAUCUUGGGCGAGUUCAACUCUUUACGAAAAGGAAGCAUAUUGCAAUUUUCCAGACCUAAGAAAACUGAAAAUUUUUUAUGGAGCUGGAUCUUGCAGCAAUAAUAAUCCCCUUAUGUUGGAUAGUAUUGACUAUUUGGAAAAGCUUGAGAAGCUAACAAUUUCAGUUUUUGUUGGCUGCACUAUAACCCUUCCAUCAGAACAAUGUAUGUUUCCUUUACAAUUGAAGAAGUUAAGGUUAAGUGGGACUAAUCUUCGUAGUUGGGAUUUAAUUGUAAUUAGCAUGUUGCCCCAACUUGAAGUGCUAAAGCUGAAAAAUGCUAUCCAUGGAAACAUAUGGGAAGUAGAUAAAGGAGGAUUCAAUAAGUUGAGAUUCUUGCUCAUCGAAGAUAGAAAACUCGAACAGUUGAGGACUUAUUUAAGUUGUUUCAAAUGUCUCGAGCGCCUAGUUCUAAGGUUAUGCUGUUGUUUGGAAGAAAUCCCUUGGUUUCUUGCGUUUCACUUGCAGUCAAUUGAGUUGGAGCGAUGUUACCCUUCUCUUAUUGAAGCUGCUAUGCAAAUUCGAGAACCAGGAAAGAAAAUUUUAAAGCGUAGGAUUGAGAUCAUAAUCCGCCCGGAGACCUGAAUAUGAUGAGUCACAAAAUACACAUAUAAUGGAAGUUGUAGAAGACAUAGAGGCCGGGAAUAAGUGUGAGGCUACUAUACAUACAUCCAUCUGCAUUUACAUUUGCACCGUAACCCAAAU